GCUCCUCUCCCGCCAAUGGCAGAGGGGCGGCUCUGCAGCGGGGGCCUCCCUCCUCCUGGCUGCCUCGCUCUCUGGCCGCCCGAGGCUGAGUCACUCACUCGCUGCCAGGAGCCCAAAGGGAAGGGAGCAAGAAAAAGGAGCCUCUCCAUCAUCCCAGAGAUGCUCGCCUCCUUCGCCGGACUCCUGGGGCUCCUGGCCUCCCUGCUCUUCUGCAUCGCCUGCGCCGAACCCUUGCCAGCUACUGCGUGCCCCGGAGGCCAAUCCUGGAGUCCAGAUUUGGAUAAAUGUAUGGAUUGCUCUGUGUGCCGACUCCAGAACAAGAAUGACUUCUGCUCUGCAUGUGGAGACCCCCAACCUCCAGAUACAUUCAAUAAGUGGAUUUUAGUGGGAGGAUCUUUGGGGGCUGUCGUUGUGAUGAGUUUAAUCGUGGGCAUCAUAACCUAUGCCCGCUGUCGGCGGCGGGAAAAAUUCACCACCCCCAUUGAGGAGACCGGAGGCCACUCAGCUCAGGAGUCACUGAUACACUGAAGAUCUUCCCCUUUCAAAUGAAGUGAGAAGAAAUCCAGACUUUCAUUACCUCUGACUUUUCCUGAAGACGCCAGGACGACAUUUGCUUUUACCCUGGGCUUACACUUGUUUGCACACACAAACAUGACAGAGUGAUGUGAUGUGAGAGCAGCUGCUCCGG